GUAUGAUCAACCUAUUUCGAUAUCGUUUUAUUUAUUACUAUUAAACAUCAUAUGUACUUCUGGUUCUGAACAUAGCUUCUGCAAUAGAAGAUGGGUAGACCAAUACGUACGGUUGUUAUGUUCAUUGCUUUGAUCGUGAUUCUAUUAUUACUAGCAUCUAGAUCAGAGGGGGAUGCCAGAGCCCAAACCGUCAAGAUGAUUUGUGACGAUGGGGAAAACAAUCAAACAAAUUUGCUCUCAAACUUUGUCAGAGUAUUUGGAAGACUUAGCAACCAAAUGCAAACUUCACAUAGCGCAACAGAAUCAGAAGGAACAAGCCCCAACAAGGUUUAUGGUCUUUCCCAAUGCUAUGGUGACCUCUCUGUACAAGAUUGCCAAUUUUGCUAUUCCCAAAUGCGGACUUCUCUUCCUGUUUGCUAUCCAAAAACUGGGGCUCGAAUUUACUGUGAUGGCUGCUUUAUGCGAGUCCAAACUUAUAGUUUUUUUGAGGAGUAUACGGGGCGUCGUGACGCUAUAGUUUGUGGGAAUACAACAAGGAAAAGUACCAUGUUUCAAAACUCAACACGGAAGGCAGUGAUGGAUGCUGUGACGGAUGCAUUAAGAAACCGUGGCUACUUUUCUAGGGAAGAGGUGACAACGGCUGGUUCUAAUGAUCCAGUUUAUGUGCUGGCAGAAUGUUGGAAAACUUUAAGUCCGAGCUCUUGUAGGGCGUGUUUGAUGAAUGCAUCUGCAUCAAUAACAAACUGUUUGCCGUGGUCAGAGGGGCGAGCAUUGAAUACUGGAUGUUUCAUGAGGUAUUCUGAUACCAAUUUUCUUAACCCGAUACCAGCCACAAGCAACUCUAGCAAUAGAGGGAAGAUAACUGCUAUUGUAGUUUCAACAAUUAGCUCUACGGUGGUCUUCACAGUUGCAGUAAUGAUUGUGAUAUAUAUCAGAAAACGCAGAUAUAUACAGCAGAAAAGAAAAGAUUCUUAUGACGUGGAGACCCUAGCUGCAGUUCUUACGGAUACUACCUUGAACUUCAAAUACUCCACCGUUGAGAUAGCAACAGGAAAUUGGGACGAGUCCAAUAAAAUCGGACAAGGUGGAUUUGGAAUUGUGUACAAGGGUGUUCUUUUCGAUGGACGGGAAAUAGCUGUGAAGAGGCUCUUCUUAAACCAUAAAUUGAGAGCAGCAGAUUUCUACAAUGAAGUUAACUUGAUCAGCAGCGUUCAACACAAAAAUCUGGUCAGGCUGUUGGGAUGCAGCUGUUCAGGACCUGAAAGUAUUCUUGUAUAUGAAUUUCUACCAAACAUGAGCCUCGACCGCUACAUUUUUGAUGAAAUAAAAGGAAUGGAAUUAGGCUGGGAAAAGAGAUUUGAGAUUCUUAUUGGUAUAGCAGAAGGCCUUAUUCACCUUCAUCAAAAUACCAUUAGUCGAAUUAUUCACAGGGAUAUAAAAGCUUCUAAUAUCCUGCUAGACUUGAGGUUUCGUCCCAAAAUAGCUGAUUUUGGGUUGGCCAGGUCUUUUCAAGAUGACAAGAGUCACAUCAGCACCGCCAUUGCAGGAACACUUGGGUAUAUAGCUCCAGAGUACCUAGCCCAUGGUCAUUUAACAGAAAAAGCCGAUGUCUAUAGCUUUGGUGUGUUACUGCUUGAGGUUGUCUCGGGAAUGGAAAACAAUAGCAGCAAAAUUACAGAAUAUACGGACAGCUUAGUGUCUACUGCAUGGAAGCAUUUCAAGCAAGGGACAGUGGAGAAAAUAUUUGACCCGAACCUAAUGAUGCAUAAAUAUCCUAACAACAAUUUCCAAAAGGAUGCCAAAAGAGUGGUACAUAUAGGACUUCUUUGCAUUCAAGAAGCUCCAUCUUUAAGACCAUCCAUGUCAGUGGCACUAAGAAUGUUAACAAAGGAUGAUGAAGCGUUACCUGUCCCCUCUGUUCCACCAUUUAUAGACGAGGAAACAAUGGAACUCAACAUAACUCAAACGUUACUGGAUUCUUCGGUUGCUACAGUUUCAAGCAACCGUUCAUACCCGAGGAAACCUUAGCUGGUAAUGAAAUUCCUGAAAGAAAAAGUGUUAGGUUGACAAACUAAUUACAACCAAAAGUUUUACAAAUAUAUCUCCAGCCAAUCAAAUCAAGUCAUUUUUUUUCUUUCUUCUUUCUCUCUCUUAAUAACAUGCACAUGUUUGUAGUCCCUGAAAACAUUAGUCCAUCUCUAGCCAUCCACACCCAUAAAUAUAUAGGAAGCGAGCUUAUCAAAUGGAAGCAAAUAAAAUGAAUUAGCUAGACGAUAAAGCCAGGUUGAAGAAGAUCUUGUGCUUUUGAUAUCGGGGUUUGCUUCUCCAAACGAACGUGCCACACUUAAUGAUUUUCUUCAAGAUAUGGCGAAGUAUGAUAAAAUAGCACUCAUUUAUUCACUCAUUUUUUGUUGUAUAUUCAACCUUCUUUCAGCGAUUUUGAAGCCCGAAGUUGCUGAAGCAAUCCAAACCUCAAUCAUCCAAUGAGAAAAAAAAUU